AUGAAGCUCUCUGCUUGUCUUGCCCUCUUCGCACUGGCUGCAUCGGCCAACGCAUUUGCUCCCAUCACUAACGGAGCUCCGAAAGCUACUUCGACUGCUCUCUUCGGAGGAGUCGGUAUUUGGUACUCGUCCUCCACCGGAAACACCGAGACAGUCGCAGACUACAUUGCCUCUGCUGCUGGAGGAUUGGACUACAACGACAUUGGCGAUGCAACGACCGAGGAAAUCGAAGGAGCGGAUGCCUUGAUUGUCGGAGCCCCGACAUGGCACACGGGAGCCGACGAGCAACACGAUUGGCUCUACGACACCCUGCCCAGCCUGAACAUGGAGGGGAAGAAAGUUGCUGUCUUUGGAGUCGGAGACCAGCAAUCCUACACGGACAACUUUUGUGAUGCCGCCGGAGAGCUUUACGACUUGCUGUCGGCCAAGGGGUGCAAAAUCUACGGCUUGACGUCGACCGAAGGAUACGAUCACCAGGCCUCAAAGGCAAUCGUCGAGGGCGACAAGUUCUGUGGCUUGAUGUGUGACGAAGACAACCAGUACGACUUGAGUGAGGGCCGGGCCCAAUCCUGGAUUGCCCAACUCAAGGACGAAGGGUUCUUCUGA